AUGAAUAUUUCGGAGGUUUUAAAGAAGAUUCCGACGCCACAAAUAAAUCUUCCCAGUGUUCAACUGCCGACAUUUGGGAAGGAAGCCAAUGUUGGAAAAGCACCGUUGAACAUGACCAGGGAGGACAUGGAACAACUAAUAACGACAAUUCAGCACACAACUCUGGCUACAGAGGAUGGGGCCUUCGUUGCGUUGUGGAUUUUAACUCUAAUCGACCACUGGAACAACGAGCACGAGCGUAUUGUUGUGCUGACCGAGCGCAGCUUCUACAUCAUUCGCUACGAUUUUCUCAGCGGCCACAUCCGUGAGAGCAGGCGUGUUGGUCUUGGCCAACUGGUUUCUGUCACAACGGGACCGCUAGUUUUUCCCACCAAGUCGCUUAUGCCAACUCGAACCUCGCCGGGGGUCCAGCUGGUCUGGGGUGACCUGGGCAGUGUUACAGCCGCUCAAAAGUGGAACCCUUUGUGCCGCAACAUGCCAUACGUGGUGUUGACCCACCACCCACUGCUGGUGAAGCAGAACAAACUACCCAGUGGGCAAGCAAACGCAAACGGAGCUGGUUACGGUCAUGACACAAAUGCAGGAACGCUGUACGAUGUUAACAACUUCCUUCAGGCUAUUCGUGAUGCCUGUAGUGCGUCUAACGUGGAGUUCAAAAUGGGUGAUAUUACCAUUGAAAGCUACGGAAACAUUGGUAGUGUGGUAUUCAAUCAGACCAGCCUGGGCUUCACACGGUCGAAGGUGUCGGUGGCUGAAUAA